GUCAACAACACGCCCACCGUCAAAAGUGAAACUAGUUUUACAGUGUAUGGGAAGAAGCGUGGAAGGUCAUCCACGUGUUUGGUUUGAUGACGUCAGCCAAGUUGUACCUGUUCCGUUCACCAUUUUGAUUUUGAGCCUCUGUUUGUCGUCUAUGCAGCCUUCACGUGUAUCAAGAAUAUUACAAGUAUUAAUCCAGCAUGGCUGAAUCGGGCAGACUGACUGAGGAAGUGAUCGACCAAAUACAGGACUUUCCCCAGGCCUUUCCUCACUUCCGCCAGAACAACCUUCAGCUUGAAGGAGUCACUGACAUCUUCACAGCCAAGUUACACUUGAGGCGUUUCGUUCAGGAAAGGGAUGGCGUAGAAAGCUCUCUAAAAGACGCCACUGCCCUUGUGCUAAAGCUGAAGGAAGAACAUGACAAGUGUAAAGAGCAACUACAAGGCUACUACCAGACUACCAAAUCCCUGCUGCCAGCCCUAGAUGCCGGUGUGUCCAACCAGCAAGGCAUUGGGCAACUGACGUCCGAAUUCUCCCAAAGUCUUGAACAGAGUUUUUCAAAGCUGACGUCUUCAAAAUGCCCCAUACUGAUUGCUGGAGAGACAUCCUCUGGGAAGAGCAGUCUGUUGAACCUGAUUCUAGGUGAAGAGAUGCUGCCAACAUCCACCCUCAGUACCACCUCCAUCAUCUGUGAGCUGCGGUACGGCGAGCAGAGAAGGGCAAAGGUCUUCACGUGGGACAACCAGGAGAUAGACGUCCCCUUGGACCUCAGCUCGGACCGAAAGUCGCUGGAGAAACUCUCCGCCUACAUCCACCAGAAGGGCGAUCGAGAUCAGGAGACGUUCCCUUACAAGCGAGCAGAAAUCUACCUUCCGCUUGAAUUUUUAAAGGAGGGCAUCACGAUCGUUGACAGCCCAGGAGUGGGGGAGAGUGAGAAGAUGGACGAGGUCGUGUUUGACUACAUGGAGGAAGCCUUCGCGUUUAUAUACGUCAUCAAUAGCGCUAACGCUGGAGGCAUUCAGAAAGACAGGCUUGGCAGACUCUUGGCGGUUGUCAGUGCUAAAGGAAAAGAACAACUCGAAAUCCGGCAGUCAAAAGUCAACCCAAUGAAAGAUACGACUGCGGCUAACUUUUCACCUCGAGCAGCAAUUUUUGUCUGCAACAAGUGGGACCAAGUCCCUGUCCACGAAGCACAAACGGUCCAAGAGGAGCAGCUGCGUGUCCUGAGACGCUACUGGCACGGGUGUACGGAAGACCAGGUCUUCCGACUUUGCACAUCCGACGCAGCGAAGGCUCUGCAGCACGGCGUUGUGAUGAAGGACUUCCGCCAUCUUCUGGACGGCAUAGAGCGGCUCAUUCCUGUUUCACUACAGAACAAGCUGCAAGUGUACUACAGCUUCUUAGAUCAGGUCCUGUGCAGAAUCAAGUUCAUGCUGGACGCCACCAUCGCAAAUGCAGGGUCAGGGAAAAUGAAAAACGAAGAGAGACAGAAACGCCUCAAGAAGACCGAAGAGAAAUUGGGCAUCUUAAAAAGAAAAGCGUCCGAGACGAUUGAAAGGAUGAAGAAACGAUUGAAGCAGCACGUAGAGGAAUGUGUGAGCAGAGUCAGGGAUCUCUUGGAAGAUACCCCGUGCGUUCAGGAAAUGGCGACAUCAUGGUCAUCAUCGGAGCUCACCGAGCAAUCAGACGUUCACGUCGUGAAGAAAGCGGUUGAGUCUGAGGUGUGUCUUCGUCUUCAAAACUUCAUCAUGGACUGGGAGGAAAGGGAAGGGUACUUCAAGAAAGCCAAAGCAGACGUGGAAGAAGUAUUCAGGGAAGAAUUGUCAGGAAUCGAAGAAGCGAUGUCAGCAAUCGAGCAGAAUCUUACAAGGCAAGGUGACGAAGAUGACACAGAGGAAAUGGACCGGUCACUCGUCGAGGUCAUCGGCUCUGCCACAAGCAGCUUUGAAGAAGCAGUCUUCGACCUGACGAUCAUGGAAAAGGUGCUGAUUGGAGUUUCAUCUCCCCUGUGGAUACCUGUGGGAGCCGUAGGGGCUCUCCUCUCGGCCCCAGCAAUGUUCUUCAUCAGCCCGAAGAGUAUCUUCAGGAAGAUCGGCGAAAUGAAAGCCAAACGAAAGUUUAACGAAAACAAAGUGGAGUACAUGAAGAAGCAAGGUCUGAAGGUUCUGGAGAAGUUUAAGGAAAGAGAGACCCUGCGAGCUUACGUCGAGGACCAGAUGAGGCCAUCGUAUCUCUUCGUCGACAGUUGCGAGAAGAGCAUCGGAGAGGCCAUAGAAUCCAAUCUGAUACUUGUCGAGCAUCUGAAGGACGACGUAAGAUCCGCGGAAAAGGUCAAGCAGGACGUGGGGAGUCUUCAGAAGAAAGUUGAGAACAUUCACAACAACCUGAACAUUUUCGGCAUACGCCACGUCAAGGAGUUGGACUACGACGAAGAACAGGUGUCUGUAGAAGAUGCCAUCGUUGGUAUUGGAAUGUUCAGUCACAUCAACAAAGGAAAACUGCACGAGAAGAAGGAAGCGACUUUUCGUGACGUGCUGGUCAAAGUGUCCAAAGAAAGAUCAGACGCAGACAUACUACGAAUAGUCUCAGAGGAGAAAUGCCUUAGGCGGAUGCGGCACCCCACACAAAAGAGUGCCAUACACCCCAACAUCAUCUGGAUGUUAGGCGCUGCUAAAGGUCCAGAAGGCAUCCCCAUGCUGAUUCUAGAACCAGCAUCAAGGUCGCUGAGGUCUCUGCUGGGCAAGCGGAAGAGCAUUGCGACAACCGACAACAUCAGGCGUGCCUUGCUGGAUGUUGGAAGGGGUCUUGAGUAUCUCCACAAGAAGGGGAUGGUUCAUAUUGAGCUAUCCAUGGACACAGUUCUGGUUACAACACAAGAAACACUGAAGUUGACAAGCCCCUGUGAACCACGGCGACCCCAGCUGCCAGAGACAGCAGACACCCUGGCCUCACCCUACCUGUACAUUGCACCUGAGGUGCUACGGGGAGGAGUCUACAAGAAGUCUGCAGACAUGUACAGUGUAGGUCUGAUGAUGUGGGAAAUGUGGAGUCUGAAAAAGAUCAGCGAGGUUGACAAGAUAGCUGGUCUUAGAGUUAACCAGAUUCAGGAUGGUGCAGGUAAGCACAUCCGAAUGCCUGCACAAAAUGAGGCUCUGCCCACAACCCCAUGGGGCUCACUAAUGAAAGAGUGUUUGAAUGAGGAUCCUGACGUUCGUCUGACUUGUACUGAAUUCAUUGACAUCUUGAAGCAGGACAAAGUUGUUGAGGGGGAAACUGUUCAGCAAGACAGCAGAUAAGUUUGACAUCACACAUUUCUUUAUUAGAGCUAGCUUUAUUGCAAGCCGCACAAGAGCACAAAGCUCCCAAUAUGUACACUUUGACCAUAAUUCAAAAUAAGCUAUCUCAUCAUCUAGGUAUACAACUUAAAGUACCUUGGCCAAUUGAAUUGGUUAACACACUAAUCUUUGGUGCUGUCUUUGUAAAUAUGACCAAUAUUACACAGUAGCCUGGCUGCCAGACCUCUCAUAGCUUGAUGAUCCAGUCACAAGCAGAUGUAAGGAUGUAUCCCCAAGAAGCAAGGUGUCCAGGCUACAAUGUAUAGUCAAGAGGUUUAUAUAAAAAAAAGCUGCCCAGCAUUACAGAUUCAUUUGCAUGGAAAAUAAACUUAGUAUUUCUGCUGUUUGCCAAAAUUUCACCUCUAAUUCAGUAUAGCUAGCAUAAUUGCAUUUGAUAUUCCUUAACACAAAGUCAUUAGUUUCAUAUCAUAUGGGCCGUUUACAAUUUGUUGCAUACAGUGAACAUUUUGCAUUUUUUCCCUUGAAGAUUUGUACUUGAUUGUAAUGUUUCUUGUAGUACACGAGUAACCAGUUUCCAUAGUCAAGCAAUACAUUUAUCAGUGAUGGCAAUCUUGAUGGUGUGUUUUGUUUUGCACAUGCAUGAAAGAGUAAGUUAUACUAAACCAAUAAUAGGAAAAAGAGCCAAAACUGACCCCAUCAUUCUUGAUAACUAAAUUACUAGUAAUAGUUACUGUAGAUUAUAAUAUGAUAAGAAGUAAUCUUAUACACAUUGAAUUUUAUGUAUCCAACAAUCUAGCAUCAAAACACUUUGAUCACUAAACAGUUCUAAAAGUUUGUAAUUUCAAACCAUUUUCCAAGAAAUAUAGCAACUUGUUCAAGUUGUAAUGUUUUUGUAUUAAAUGGUUGCAGAGGCUUAUACACCUUGCAUAAAUUUUCUAGGGCAGGCAUCAGGUAUUCAUGGUGAUUAGUUUUAUGUAUUCAAAACAUUCCAGGACAAGGUACAACUAAUAGGAAUAGACAGCUUCUGUCAACAGAGUCAUGUCUUAACAAAUUAAAGUAUCUAGCAGCAACAUUGUGUAAAGAAAAAAGAAACAUUUCAACAGCAAUGGAAUGAAUGGCAUUCUUAACAGAUUUUUGUAAGAUCACACUACAAUAAUUGCACAGUUGUACAUGUACAUGAGAUUCCUUAUCAGGGCAUUUGAAACAUAUAAUGCUUACAUUUGCAACAUAUCAAGGUGGUAACAGCAAUGAAUUCCAUUUUCAGUUUGUCCUCAAUAAUACAUUCGUGCUAUUCACAUUUCUUCAUAAAUUUAAUUUCUCUCUAUUCUCAUUGUUUUCAAUACAAUUAAACAAUUCUAGGAAGCUUUUACUAUGAAGAUUUUGUAGAGUUUUUAUGUCUAUUACAUCAUCAGGGUGAGUUCUGUGUUGUAGAAUAUUAGAAUUUCAUAAAGGUAACAGAUAUCAAUGAAAAACAAGUAAGCUGACAAUGGGAACCAAUGUUGAAAGGCUACCAAGCCAAACAUUUACUCUAACUUUGACAAAUGCUGAUGACAAGAGUAGCCAAGAAAAAAGCCUGUCCAAUUCAUUAUACUAGGCAUCAAGUCCAAUUCAUAGCUGUAGAAUCCUUUGCAGUACAGGUACAGGUACAUGUACCAUUACAUAUAUCACAAACUGUUGCAGCCAGCAGCAACCAACUAUACCUGCCUGCCAUAUCCACAGUGAGUAAAUCUUAAACUGUUCAUUGGUAUUAUGCAGAUCAAGCUUCACAUACAUGUAUGCAUGUCAGACCUUCUAGCUGUUCAACAUACUUUCAGCCUUGAAUUUGUUCGAAAUGUAUUCUCCUUGAUGUAGAUUUCUGUUAUCUUUUGCUAUAUUUUUUAUGUCAUUAUCACACUUAUUUGUGGUAUUAUUAACAGCAUUUCACACAUAAUAGCAAUUGUACAGGAUGGUAAUGUAACAAUGUGUAUUGUUAGUUUUAUUAAGCAUUGUAUUAUCGCCGGUUCUAUCCCCUCCCUUGGGCGGUGCCGCGGUCACCUGUUCGAACACGUGCCAGCGCACGUGCCAGCGUCGUGUUCGAACAGGUGAUCUAUACCGGUACCGUUCGAGGGAAGGGGCUCUAGAACCGGCCGGUUGCAGAUUGAAUAAACCAGUUGAGUUUGAGCGUU